UAUUACAGAGAGGCCGUGGUCUUUGAGUACUGAGCUUUAUAUGUACACACAUAUGUUAAUGAGAUACAAGGAGUUAAUAAAAGAAUGUCCUCUGAUAACAAAACUUAAACCCUGAAAGUACUGUCACCUCAUAAAUACCAUCAGUUAGACAUUUGAGCCCAAGACAAAUCUUCAUCUUCUGAAAAAUGAAUGAUCAAGGGAUUUCAGCUUCAAUUCCUCUUUUAGGCCAUUAUAGUUGUCAAAAAUCAAGUUUACUACUAGGAAGUGAUAAGAGUGUCUUACCAGAUAAGCAAGGAUAUUGUCUUCACUGCAAAGAUCAAGCGUGGCGUCCUUCCCUUUCCCAGGUGGUUGCAGAGAUCAAAGAGCUCUGUACCAUAGCUUUUCCUAUGAUCAUCACGGGCCUACUUAUAUAUGGAAAAUCUGCCAUUUCUAUGCUUUUCAUGGGGAAAUUAGGGAAAGAGGUUUUAGCAGGAGGGUCUCUCUCCAUUGGCAUAGCAAACAUCACUGGCUACUCUGUCAUUUCCGGUCUAGCUAUGGGCAUGGAGGCCAUCUCCUCUCAAGCCUGUGGAGCCAAGCAAUGGCCUCUUAUGGGCCAAACCCUUCAGCAAACGAUAGCAAUUCUCAUCUUGGCAUGCAUACCCAUAUCUCUUCUUUGGCUCAACUUUGAACCUGUCCUUAUCUUCUGUGGCCAAGACCGAGCCAUCUCUUCUAUUGCCUCUACUUACCUCGUAUUUUCGCUACCAGAUCUAGUCCUCCAAUCUUUCAUUAACCCUCUCAAAAUUUACCUAAGAACCCAGAACAUAACCCUCCCUCUCAUGCUCAGUGCAGCUUUUUCACUAGCUCUUCAUGUCCCUAUCAGUUACAUCCUGACUUAUCGUUUCAGCCUUGGCAUUCGAGGCAUUGCUGUGGCAGUAGCCAUAACAGACUUGAAUCUGCUCGCUGCCCUUCUGCUUUACCUUUACUUCUCCGGCAUCUGUAGAAAGUCAUGGCAAGGCUGGUCCCUCCAAUGCUUCGAUGAAUGGAAGCCGAUUCUUAGCCUAGCCGUCCCUAGUUGCAUCUCUGUGUGCUUAGAAUGGUGGUGGUAUGAACUUAUGAUAGUCCUUUCAGGAAUACUUGCAAAUGCUCCCGAGGCAGUUGCCACUAUGGGAAUUCUAAUACAAGCAACUUCUCUUGUCUAUAUCUUCCCUUCGGCCCUUAGCCUUGCCGUAUCAACUCGAGUUGGCAACGAGUUAGGCGCAAACCAGCCCAACAAAGCCAAAAUGUCUUCUAUAAUCGCAUUAUUUUGUGCCGUUUUGAUGAGUAUUAUCGCCAUGUUGUUCAUGACAUUAACGAGGCAUGCUUGGGGUCAGAUUUUUACCACCGAUAAUGCCAUAUUGUCAUUGACAGCGACAACAAUGCCGGUGGUUGGGCUCUGUGAGCUAGGGAACUGCCCACAGACCACCGGUUGUGGGGUGUUGAGGGGCAGUGCUAGGCCAACUCUUGGUGCCAACAUAAAUUUGGGUUCCUUCUAUGGUGUUGGAUUGCCUAUAGCUAUGUUAAUGGGCAUCGGCAUGGGUUUGGGCUUGCUGGGCUUCUGGUUCGGCUUACUGGUAGCCCAAGCUGUUUGUGCUCUUGUCAUGGUGGUGGUGCUAACCAGAACAGAUUGGAAAAUGCAGGCAAAUCGAGCCAGAGAGCUUACUGGUAUUGAUAGUGAGGAUGAAGCAGAGAGCAAAACUCUCAAUGGAUCAGUAUCAAUCAUACGAGUGGAUGACUUGAUUAUUGCUUAGUAUUUUAGUUUUCUCAUGAGUUUUAUAUAUUUAAAUUUUGUAUUAUAGUGUUUAGUACAGCCUAUGCUCACAUUUGAGCCUUCUUUUUUGGUUUGAAUUUAACGUCAAUAUUUAGGUAUAUGGAAUUUUCAUUUGUCUUCCUUUCAAGUACGAGGCAGUAGUCUCAUUGGGUGAGCACAA